AGCAUCCUGUUUAGUAUAGUUGCAGUUGUCAUAGGGAACAUGUAAACAUGGAACGAAAAAGGUUCAUUCUGUUCUUUGGCACUGUAGCUGAGAAGCGUAGUAUUUCAGUUUUUAGUAAUUUAGCCUUAACUGAGUAGCAUCAUCUAAACAUUACAAAUGUUAAACUUUAACUUAAAGUAAACUUAGUUAACUUAUACAUGUAAAGAUUUGGAAAACAAAGACAAAGUCAUGGAGACUGUAGGAGACUACGAGUACAAUACAAAGGACCUUAUAGGGCAUGGAGCAUUUGCUGUUGUAUUUAAAGGAAGAUGUAAAAUGAAACAUGAUUUGACGGUGGCCAUAAAAAGUAUAACGAAGAAAAAUUUGGCAAAAUCACAGAAUCUUCUGGCGAAAGAAAUCAAAAUACUGAAGGAACUGACUGAGUUACAUCAUGAAAACGUCGUCGCGCUUUUGGAAUGUAAGGAGACCACUCAUCAUGUGUACCUAGUCAUGGAGUAUUGCAAUGGAGGUGAUUUGGCAGACUAUUUGAACGCAAAAGGCACCCUGAGUGAAGAUACCAUUUAUUUGUUCUUACGUCAGAUAGCUGCUGCAAUGAAAGCCUUGAAUGCUAAAGGUAUUGUACAUAGAGAUUUGAAACCUCAGAAUAUCCUGCUAUGCCACGACGGUAGGCCUAACCCACCACCAAGUAAGAUGCACUUGAAAAUAGCAGACUUUGGUUUUGCACGUUUUUUGCAUGAUGGAAUAAUGGCUGCAACCUUGUGUGGUUCACCCAUGUAUAUGGCCCCCGAAGUUAUCAUGUCUUUACAGUAUGAUGCUAAGGCAGACUUAUGGAGCAUUGGCACAAUUGUUUAUCAGUGUUUGACAGGAAAAGCACCUUUUCAGGCACAGAGCCCUCAAGCUUUAAAACAGUUCUAUGAGAUGAAAACCACCCUGUCUCCAAAAAUUCCAGCUUGUACUUCACCACACCUUGCAGAUCUACUGUUGAAACUUCUGAAAAGAAACGCUAAGGACAGAAUGGAGUUCAGUUCUCCCGUGCCUGUUCCCAGCCGACGAUCGUUGUCUUCUGAUGUUCCUUCUCCGAUCAGUUCUCCUCCAUAUGGUUCUCCUAUUUCUGGGAAUCUGCCCCCUUCUCCUCAAGGGUGGUGUGGAGAUGGGAGCAGGGAUGAACCCAUGGUUGAAGCAGGAAUCCCAAUGGCUGCUUCACCAUUAUUGGAUAAACAGUCCCCUGGUGGUAGAGGUAGAACUUCAUCAUCCUCCACUGAAGAACAGGACUUUGUGAUGGUUCCGGCCGACCUUGCAGAACCAUCAGGAAACCUUCAUCCUAGUGGUUCGUUGAAGAUGCAUUGUGUCAGUCCUGGCAGCUCACCAUCGAGAAACCAGGUUUCUCAAUCUCCAAGGAUGUCCAGCAACGUUACUGUUAAUCCUCAUUUUGGAAGUGCAACAUUUCACGCACCUAGAGUUUCUGGUUUAGGUUCUCCCCGUCCCUCCUAUCUUCCAGUGAGUGGCUCUCCUGCACUGAUACCUCCAGCCUGCGUAAGUGGAUCCUACCAGCGAUCUGAGCCAAUACCUGUUCCCUCACAGAAGGAAGCUUAUGAACAAAUACAGAAGAGUCUUGAGGAAGAGCCAUCUAGCUCAGUUGGAGCACAAAGAGAAAGACCUUCAUCAGUCGCACCAGCAGCUCGCAUGUCUUCCUGUGGCUCCUCGCCACACCUACCUAAGGCCUCUGUACUCGGCUCAGAAUCAACUAGACCAAGGAAAGGUUCUUCAAGUUCUCAGUCUAGUGAGCAUUGGACAGUCACCACCAUUUGCUCCCUCUCCCCACCUCCUACUGUUCAGUUUACUAUUGGCACACCACCUGGGGGUGGAAGAAGGAGGAAUUAUAGUGGUGGAACACCCCCUUCGUUAUCCAGUAGACAUAUUUCAGCAUCUCUCCGACAGUGUUUUACUCCCCCACCAUCUCUGUCACUUUCCACCUCCCCUCUAAGACGGUCAAAUGUUGUAAUGGCAGCCAACCUGCCAACUUUUGCCACGGGGAAUCCAUUAUCACCAAUCCUUGGUUCUCCCACCAAAGAACUCUCUAGAACAGAAGAGUCACACAGUGAACUGAGAAAUCAGAAGGAGCACUCGCAGACAAAAGGAAUAGACGUGUACAGAUACAGUGGUUCUUCAACACGGCGAAUGACAUUCAGUACAAGAGCUGUAACACUUCCCGAGAUCUGUUCUCAGAAGUUCUGGCCUGGGAGUGUAUACGGAGUUCCAGAACUGAUGGACCAUCAAAAGAGUAGCCUGAAUAGGUCAGGAAGCUCGAGCAGACUCAGUGAAAGAGGUUUUCAUAGAGCUAUCUCUUUACCAGGAACACAGUACAUUUCACACACUCCCCCAGAGACCAUGAUAAUGCCGUAUGGCCAUCCCUCUCAUCGCUGUUGCUUAAAUGAAAUGAUGACUCCUUGUGGGUCACCUGGCCGACUGCGUCGUAACUCAACUGGUUGUUGCAAGUUGUAUGAUUCUUCACUUAGCAUUCAAGCUUGUUUUCCAUAUGGCAAUUCACCACCACAUCUAGAAGAACCCAUUAUGUUUAUAGCCCCAGAGUUACCAGAGGAGACAAUAUUGGAGAAAGAGCAUAAUGAGACAUUGGCCAAACUAAACUUUGUUCUGGCGCUUGUUGAAUGUGUCCUAGACCUGGCCAAGUCUAAAGGAAGUCCACUAGCAUCUCUCACAGAUUCUUUUAUGAAGAAAGAAAGUCAGCUUGGACAAAUACCUGUCGUUACUGAAGGUUGUCGACGAGCUGAACAGCUAGUACUUUUUACAAGAGCCCUACAGUUGUUAUCAUCAUCUCUCCAGCUUUCCAGACAGGAAGUUGAUGCUGGUCGUCUCUCUCCUUCCACCUCUAUGCGAUUUGGUAAGGUUAGAGCAAUGAAAAGUUUAUCACUAAAGAUGUCUUGUGUAGCACAGAAACUUUGCCUUUUUAUUUUGUUUUACUUAUACACUUGUAUUUGCUUCUUUUCCGCAUUAGGAGUAGACCCAAGUACCUACUCUAUCACAGCUGAUCAACUUAUCUAUAACUAUGCUAUUGAAAUGUGUCAAUCUGCAGCACUGGAAGAGUUGUUUGGAAAUCCAGAAGAGUGUUUCCGUCGUUACCAAACAGCACAGAUACUUUUCCACAGCUUAGCACAACAAAUCGCUAAUGACGAGGACAAGAAACUUUUAAACAAAUAUAAGGAAGCCGUGGAACGACGACUGUAUGUACUCCAAAGUCAAGGUUAUAUUCAAGCGUAUGACACAGUGUAUUGCUAGAAAAGUAUACUCAAGCCAGUUACGAUUAUUAAACAGUAGAAGCUUCAGAUAAAAAUAUAUAAUCCACCAUGACAAAUGUUAUUUAUUUUUCUUUGUUUGUUGCCUCUUUUAACAGUAUAGUUCUCAUACUAUUAAACUUCAACAAUUAAUUUUAAAAUAAACAAAGCUUUUUUUUUUUUUUUACUUUUCUUUUUUUUCGAAGUUUGGCGAUUUGAUGAAGCUAAAUGUUACAGACCAAGUAGAAAUGGGAAAAGUCGUAAGUAAGAUCGGAA